AGGGGAUGACGUCACGUGGGCGGUUCUAGUCGGUGUGGCUGUGUGCCUGUGUUCUCAUUGUGCACCUGCCCGUCUUUGUUGGUGACGCGCAGCGCGGGCACGGAUUGCCUUUACUUGUGGUCUUUGGAUGAUGUGUUUACUAUGGCUAGCGACCCCCUUGAAGGUUUUCACGAAGUGAACCUUGCUUCACCCACAACUCCAGAUGUUGGUGUUAUUGAUAUAAAACCUCAGGAACCUACUACCUCGCCUAAUGUCAUCUACAGACAUUUAGGUGUCACUUCAAACCCUGUCCAACCAAACACAUUAAAUGCAUCAGACCUACCAACGCAGCCUGUAUAUUCCUCUCCAAGGCAUUUAAACUGUCGGGACCUUACAGGGAAAAGCACCAGCCUAACAGACACUUUAUCUUGUUCUACCUCCGGAUGUCAGACAUGUUCUCCCAAACAUGGAAGAAGGAAAGACGGCAAUCGAGCAGAGCGGGAAUUUUUGCAGGGAGCAGUGACGGAUGCAGUGGAUGGGCAGGAUGAUGUCCUUAACUGGAGCACAGACAGCCUGUCCCGUUUACGGAGCCCGUCUGUCCUAGAAGUCCGAGAAAAAGGAUAUGAGCGACUCAAGGAGGAACUGGCUAAAGCGCAAAGAGAGCUUAAACUGAAAGAUGAAGAAUGUGAAAGACUUUCCAAAGUGCGGGAUCAACUGGGGCAGGAGCUGGAAGAGCUGACAGCCAGUCUUUUUGAGGAGGCGCACAAAAUGGUUCGGGAAGCUAACGUAAAACAGGCCACAGCAGAGAAGCAGCUCAAGGAAGCACAAGGAAAGAUUGAUGUGUUGCAAGCAGAAGUUGCAGCCCUUAAGGCUCUUCUGUCCACAUCUCCAACCUCUCCAACAAAAGAGUUACAGCCAGGUGGGAAGACUCCAUUCAAGAAAGGCCAUGCAAGGAACAAAAGCACAAGCAGUGCUAUGGGAGGUGGCACUCUGGACCUUACUGUAAUGCAGCCAAUUGUGAAGAAAUGUAAGGAGGCUGACCUAUCCCUUUAUAAUGAAUUCAAAGCGUGGAAGGAGGAGCCACUUAUGGACAGAACAUGUCAGUUUUUGGAAAGGGUCUAUCAGGAGGAUAUCUGUCCCUGUUUAUCAUUUCCAAAGAAUGAGCUGGCAGCAGCUGUACUGAAAGCUGUUGAAAAUAACACUUUGAGUAUUGAGCCUGCAGGCCUUCAGCCCGUUCGGUUUGUGAAAGCCUCAGCUGUUGAAUGUGGAGGACCAAAAAAAUGCGCUCUGACUGGUCAAACAAAACCUUGUAAGCACAGAAUCAAACUUGGAGACUCCAGCAAUUAUUACUAUAUUUCCCCAUGCUGUAGAUAUAGGAUUACCUCUGUAUGUAAUUUCUUCACAUACAUUAGGUACAUCCAUCAAGGACUUGUAAAACAGCAGGAUGCUGAUCAGAUGUUUUGGGAAAUUAUGCAGUUGAGAAAAGAAAUGUCUCGAGCAAAGCUUGGAUUUUUCAAAGAAGAACUUUAGGACACUAAAAUAAUAUAUCUAGACUUUUUUUUUCAAAAACAUGAAGGAAGAAAUACAAAUGAAUAGUGGUAACACAGGGAUCUGCAUAUGUAAACCACCGUAAUAACUCCAUAUCACAACAUAUUUAUACUCUGUUCUUUGUGAGCUAAACUCAGUAGAGUUCAUGUGGUAUUCUGAAAUUGACUUGUCCUGUGUGCGCCUGAUAUGACUGGCUGCUAAGCAUUUGCAGGCAUUACAUCUGUAAAUUAUUAGUGACAUCCAGAUUUGAAGAAAUAAACGGUAGUUUGAAGUA